UCCUUCCUUCAUUCACGCAUAAACUUCUUCUCAAUCUCCCAACAUUAGAAACCGCCGCCGCACGCCUCUUUUCAAUCUCUCAAGAAAACCGCCGCCGCCGCCUUCCUUCCUUCCUUCCUUCCUUCACUGUAAACCGCCGCCGCCGUUCAUAAGGUAGUUAUGACAUCUUCAGCAGCUUUGCGGAUAAACAAUAUUCGACGACACUUUGAUUCGGAUAACACAGUCAACAAGCCUACCGAAGUUAAUGCUGCUGGAGCUUCGUCAAUCAAUGUGAAGGUAGCUUCAGAGGUUUCUGAAGCGUUAUCACUAGGACGUGCAGUUGUUGCUCUGGAAUCUACCAUCAUUUCACAUGGGAUGCCAUAUCCUCAAAACUUGCAAACUGCGAAAGAGGUUGAAGGAAUUGUCAAAAAGAACGGUGCAGUUCCUGCAACUAUUGCCAUUUUAGAUGGCGUGCCUAUCGUAGGUCUAAGUGGGGAAGAACUUGAAAGGUUAGCUACUUUGGGACCCAGAGCUCAGAAAACAGCUCGAAGGGAUAUUGCAUAUGUUGUGGCUAGAGGUGGAAAUGGUGCUACUACUGUUUCUGCAACAAUGUUUUUGGCUUCUAUGGUUGGUAUUCACGUCUUUGUGACUGGUGGGAUUGGGGGAGUUCACAGGCAUGGGGAAUAUACUAUGGACAUAUCUUCCGAUAUCACCGAGCUUGGAAGAACACCAGUAGCAGUUAUAUGUGCUGGUGUAAAGUCAAUAUUGGAUAUUCCCCGGACCCUUGAAUAUCUGGAAACACAAGGAGUUUGUGUUGCUGCUUACAAGACGAAUGAGUUUCCUGCCUUUUUCACAGCAUCAAGUGGCUGCAAGGUUCCAUGUCGGGUAGAUACCCCUGAAGAGUGUGCUUCCUUAAUAGAAGCAAACAUCAAACUCAAGGUCGGCAGUGGAAUUUUGAUAGGAGUUCCUAUUCCUCAAGAACAGUCGGCUUCUGGACACAUAAUUGAAUCUGCCAUCAAAAAAGCCCUUGAAGAAGCAAGGGAAAAGAAUAUAUCAGGAAAUGCUCAGACUCCUUUCUUGCUUGAUAGAGUAAAUGCACUCACCGGAGGUGCCUCACUUGCUUCAAACAUUGCUCUUGUGAAGAACAAUGCCCUUAUUGGGGCUAAAGUUGCUGUAGCCCUUGCCCCUUGCUCUGCUAAGUGAAAACAAUCAAAGGAAACAAGAGAUAGAGUAGCACAAAGGAAGAUAUGUUAAAGAAAAUGUUCAAUUAGUAUGCAUGGCUGAUAUGAAGGAAUUUUACAGACGUAAAAUCAUUUAACACAGGAUUUCAUCACUAUGUCAUUCUCUUGCAACAUGUGUUUGGCUUUGGAAAGAAAGAUGGAGGAAAGAUAGAGUGGAAAAUAAGUUUUUUUUCUUCAAUUGUUUGGUAGGAGAAAGUGGAAAGAAAGAAAAUUAAAACUUUUCUCCUUUUAUUUGAUUACACUGACAGUGAGAGGGAAAAUAAACAUUGUAAGAUGACAUAAGCAUUAUUAGCAAGUAAAGUGGGACUUAAUGAUACUUUUAACUACUUUUUUUUGUUGUGAAAAA